GUAAUCAUGGCGUCCUCUGGUGCACCGAGAGGCAACGUGAUAACGCUUUAAAAUGAGAAAUAUUUGGUUUACUUGGACAACCAAUAUCAGUAUCUUCUAAUUUAUACACUCCAUAUUUGAAAACAAAAAUAAGUCUGCACUUCUGGACGAUUUCUUUUAAGACAGAGUAUUUUUGGAUCAGCAAGGAAAUGGCUUCGUUUAAACCUACAAAAAUCCAAUUCUAUCCUAAACUUGGAGAGAAAGUCACACAAGACACACUGUACUGGAAAAACUACAAGGCUCCGGUCCAGAUAAAAGAAUUUGGAGCAAUCACAAAUAUAGACUUCUCCCCAGUGGCUCCACAUAACUUUGCUGUGACAGCAUUCACAAGAAUCCACAUUUAUGGGCCAUUCUCCCAGGAGCCUGUAAAGACAUUCACACGGUUUAAGGACACUGCAUACUGUGGCAGGUUCAGGUCAGACGGCCAGCUUCUCGUGGCAGGAUGUGAGGACUCUGUGGUCCGGCUGUUUGAUGUCAGCGGCAAGGUGGCACUUAGGAUGUUCAAAGGGCACACAAAGGCAGUACACAUAACAGACUUCACCUCAGACCGUUACCAGAUCCUCACAGCGUCAGACGACUACACCUGUCGACUUUGGGACAUCCCAAAUGCCACUGAGCUCAACACCUACCAAGAACACACAGAUUACAUUCGUUGUGGUGUGACGAGCAAACUCAACAGAGAUCUCUUCAUUACUGGAUCUUACGACCACACACUGAAACUGUUUGAUGCCAGAGUGGAUAAGAGUGUGAUGACCAUGGAGCAUGGCCAGCCAGUGGAGAGUCUCCUUCUCUAUCCUUCUGAGGGCCUCCUUGUCUCAGCAGGGGGGCGCUAUGUGAAAGUGUGGGAUCUGCUAAAAGGAGGCCAGCCUCUGGUGUCACUGAAGAACCAUCACAAAACUGUCACCAGUUUGUGUCUCAGCAGCAACGGACAGAGACUGCUGUCUGCUUCUCUGGACAGGCAUGUAAAGGUGUACAACACGGCAAACUAUAAAGUGGUCCACAACUUUGACUAUGCUGCGUCCAUCCUCAGUCUGGCCUUGGCUCCGGAUGAUGAGUCCAUUGUUGUGGGUAUGACCAACGGUAUUCUGAGUAUCAAACACAGGAAAAGCCUUGAAGAGUCGAAGGAAAUCUCUGGCCAACAGAGGCGACGGCCAUCAUAUCGUGUUUUUGUGAAGGGGAAGAACUACGUCCCUAAACAGGAUGAUUAUCUUGUCAGUAAGCCGGUGAAACAACAUUUGGCCAAAUAUGACAAGCAGCUCAAGAAAUUUAAUGUAUCGAAGGCUUUGGACACAGCCCUGGAGACAUGGACAAGACUGAGAAAGCCAGAGAUCACAGUUGCUGUUAUAAAGGAGCUGGAUCGAAGAGGAACAUUGAAGAACGCUCUGGCAGGAAGGGAUGAACAGGGACUUUCUCAGUUGCUCAACUUCCUCAUAGGGAACUUGGUUGACCCCAGGUUCGCUCCUGUCCUCGUAACAGCGGCUGAGAUGAUCCUCGACAUCUAUAGGCCAGUAAUCGGCCAGUCGCCAGUCGUGGACCGACAGCUGCUGCGUCUGCAGGAGCUGCUGGAGAGAGAGAUCGACUACCAGCAGGACCUUCUGGAGGUGCUGGGAAUGUUGGACACAAUGUUCGCCUCCUCCCUCCCUAGGAAGGAGGUACCUUCCCCGGGCAUCAGCAGGUCCAACGGCCUGGCCCAGGGAGAAGCAAAUACCUCAAGACCACAGCUUCAGGCCACCUGAGGCUUGAAGGGGGGGGAACUGCUUUAGACUUGGUUAGAGUGCCUUUACAACUCUGAAACCUCUUUUUGAAACAUCAGACACAAAUCUCCCAACAUGACAGGCUGCAUGUCAUAGACUAAUGACCAAACAGAAGCAUUUUGGUACAGGUUUUCAGAGGCUAACAAACUUGUGGUCUCACUCUGGUGUUUUGACUGAGCGUGACUGAAAACACAACAGGCAACAAGGAGAACAUGCAUCUACUGUAUGAAGAAUCUCCUAAUGUGUGAAUGUAAAGUGUUGCUUUUAUUGGAAGUCUUAUAAUUACACUUUCGUGUGUGUACGCUUGUGUUUGAAUGAUUUCUCUGUGAAUGUCUGCUUUGUGUGUUCAUAAUAUUUGGCAUUGACAAAUGUUUUAUAAGCAGAUGAAAAUAAAUCUUUGUAAUAUGAAAACU